AUCGUACUCAGUCAGUAAGGUGCCAACUCCUCAAGAAGCAACAACGCAGUCGUAAGGAAUUUGAGCUAAAGUUCUGUUUAUGUUGUAGCUUAAGAAGUUUAUUUUGUUCUCUCUGAGCCACUGUGUAAAAAGUGUUUGUUUUGUUUUGAGCGGGCAGCGAAGUUUCGGCUUGUAAACAGUGCAAACAGUAGAGAGGAUUUUUGUUUUGAAAGCGUUACCGGUGAAGUCGGAUAGCGUAGGCAGAGACAUUCAAGAACUGUUUCGGUGAAUCAAUAAGUGACGUUCGGUUUGUUUUGUGAGAUUCAAUUCACGUACGAAAGACAACAACGAUGGCAGUUGCUGGUUUGAAUAUGUCACCGAUAUUCUCUGGAUAUCCAUUUCAAGGACAGGGACGCGUGAAUCAGCUCGGAGGAGUGUUCAUUAACGGACGUCCGCUACCCAAUCACACUCGGCUGAAGAUAGUCGAGCUCGCAGCCAGUGGCGUUCGGCCCUGCGUUAUCUCCCGGCAGCUGCGCGUGUCGCACGGCUGUGUGUCGAAGAUCCUCAAUCGCUACCAGGAGACCGGAUCGAUUCGACCGGGUGUUAUCGGUGGAUCAAAACCGCGUGUGUCUACCCCGGAAAUCGAGACCAAGAUCGAAGAGAUGCGCAAAGCCAAUCCCGGAAUCUUUAGCUGGGAAAUUCGAGAGAACCUCAUCAAAGAAGGAAUUUGCGAUAAAAACUCGGCUCCAUCGAUCAGCUCCAUCACCCGACUGCUGAAGGGAGGACGUCAUGGUGAUUUUGAAAUGCGAGGAAAUCACUCGAUCAAUGGAAUUCUUGGGGGAUCUUCGUGUGAUGAUGAUGAUGAUAGCGACACCGCUUCCGAGCCAGGGUUUGAACUUAAACGCAAACAGCGACGCUCUCGGACUACUUUCAACGGAGAGCAGCUGGAAGCGCUGGAGGUUGCAUUCGCUAGAACUCAGUAUCCGGAUGUUUACACCCGUGAGGAGCUUGCUCAGAAAACGCGACUCACGGAGGCUCGCGUGCAGGUCUGGUUCUCCAAUCGCCGUGCUCGCCUUCGCAAGCACAUGAACUCCUCACAACUCUCGGCUUUCAACUCUCAGUAUCCAUCGCAAUUCGAACAGCAAGCAGCUGUUUCAGCAGCGGCCGCUGCUGCUGCUGUCUCCGCCCCGGUGGUCACCAACUCAGCCGGCUUCGCAUCCUCAAUGCAAUCCUGGGGUCAACCCUGCUAUCCAGCGGUAAACCAAGCCUCCAUUCAUGCACCUUCCCAGACCGCCUACAACCCGUUAGCCCAAACCAUGAUCCACCCGACUUCGGCCACCAUGAGUCCACCAGCGUCGCUCAGCCCACCAACCUCCAUCAGUCCGGUACACACCAACAACAGCAAAAUGGCACCUUCCUCAUCGCCAGUGCAGAACUCUUCCGCCAACUACAACUACUUCUCCAUGUUGGACAACAACCACGCGCAGUCCUACGCGAUGAGUUCCGCAUACACAACAAACAACACCACCAACCUCGCUGCCACCGCAAUGGACAACGGAAAUUCUCAAUGGCGCUCCACCCACUCCGCCCACAAAGCCGCCGAAUGGGACGCUUAUAGUUCAUUCUUUUCAAACAACAUGAGCCACCACCAUCAUCACUACCCGAGUUCGGCCGCUGCUGCCGCCGCCGCAGCCGCGGAAGCUAAGUCCGGAUAUCCCUACUUUGGCCAGCUGAGCGGUUUGGAUAUGAGCCGUCUGCACUAGAUCGUACACAAACACACAUCCACCCACGUUCCGGGGGGAUUCAAUCAACCCGUGCGGACUGAGGCUGAAAAAAAAACAAUAAAUUAAUCAUAAUUAACUGUUGCAGCUGUUGUUGCCUCGCCAGUCGCUCACAUUGCAAACGCGUAACGCGUCACGAAGUUGCACCGGCAACGGCGUCGAAUGCAUAAUUCAUAAAGUGUUUGCGAACGGAGGUAGCCUAGGAUGGGUUGGGUCGAAACUUGGGCGCGAUGUUAUUUUAGAGCCAGCACCGAUCGCCCUCGUGACUCGUGAGCUUCGUGGUGGUGGCAGCAACGGCAAUAACUUUCGGUUUGGCGUUCUCGCUACAGGCCACCCUGCCCGGACGAACGAACGGACGGAUUUACCUUUCUGAAUGUACCUUAGCUAAUUUUUACGAGUUCUUGCGCGGCCACAUCGCGGUGCGGCAUUUGUAAAUAUUUGGACUCCGCUUGGAGAGGUGAUUAUUACGACGUUUUCUGUUCACCUGAGCGCGCUAGGAAUAGUUUAGCAGAGUAGCUUUUAGUACCGCUUAUGACAGUUAGGAAAAAUAUGACGAGAGAAAAUUUAUCAGACUGUUUUAGCAUGUAAGAAACGAACGUAGGCUGAAGUUUAGAGUGCAGAGGUAAAGUAGAAAGGUAACAAAACAGAGUACAAUUAGUACAUUUCCUUAUGUUAGAUAUUAGGUCAUCAAUCGUAUUUAUGUAUUUAGUACAAA